GUGCCGCACCAGUCCGAGGUCUUUACUCAGUCAGUUGAGAGACACGGCGGAGGAAUGACUUGGAUCGCUUUGCUCAUCGCAUACCUCGCAGCAGUUGCUGUCCACGGGGAAGUACCGAUAGUGACAAGGGCGGAAUGGAACGCAAGACCCGCGAGUGGACCUAUGGACAGCAUGGAAACCCCCCUGCCCCGAGCUGUGAUUGCCCAUACAGCCGGAGGGGGUUGUACGGAUGAUGUGGGAUGCUCCCAGCAAAUGCGCAAUUUGCAGAACUUCCAGAUGUCCAGGCAGAAGUUCUCGGAUAUAGGCUAUCACUAUUUGAUUGGAGGAAAUGGCAAGGUUUACGAGGGCAGGAGUCCGAACAAGAAAGGAGCCUUCGCUGCACCCAACAAUGAUGGUUCCCUGGGCAUCGCUUUCAUUGGUAAUUUCGAGGAACAACCACCCAGUCAGGAAGCCUUGGACGCAGCAAAGAAACUACUGGAACAGGCGGUACAGCAGGCUCAGCUGGUGGAGAGCUAUAAGCUACUGGGUCAUCGUCAAAUCAGUGCCACCAGGAGUCCUGGAGAAGCCCUCUAUGCACUUUUACAACAGUGGCCCAACUGGUCUGAACAAAUGUAACAUAUAUAAUACACUUUUUAAGGUUUCGACACGUAAAGACCACUCCUUACACAUUUAUUUGUAAAUAUAAUUAUGUAUAAUUUGUUGUUUUGCUUAAAUACGAAUACUAAAAUUUUAA